GGCUGGAGGAGCAUUUGGUUCGGUCCCCAUAACUUUGUCGUUCAUAUUUCUCUUCAAAUCAUUAUCAUUGUCAUGAUUGUAACACUUGCAAUGACACUGUGUGUUCUUUUGCUGACGCAUGCAAUGAGCCAAUGAUGGCAAUCAUAUAUUAUGCAUCAUUUAUUUGAGUGAAAACCCAUCGAGUAUUUUCAGUUCUUCAUUGGGUUGAGCUGUGGAUAUAAUCAAACAGGGGGUGGUGGGUGUUUCUUGAAUCAAAAGAAAGCAAGGAUGGCGGCAGAGAAUGAGGAGCAUAGGGAAAGCUUGUUGAAGAAGGUAUACUAUGAAAACUGCCCGGGUUGUAAGGUGGAAGAGGAGAAGGCGUUGCAACGAGGCGUUCCUGUUCGAAAGCUUGUGGCUAUCUGGGGGAUCGUGCUCUCUGCUGCGCUGCCAAUAUCAUCUCUAUUUCCAUUUCUUUAUUUUAUGAUUAGGGAUUUUCAUAUUGCAAAAAGAGAUGAAGAUAUUGGCUUCUAUGCUGGGUAUGUAGGGUCUUCGUAUAUGCUUGGACGAGUACUGACUUCAGUUUUCUGGGGAAUAGUGGCUGAUCGCUACGGUCGAAAACCUGUCAUAAUAAUAGGGACUAUUUCAGUGGUUGUUUUCAAUACUCUCUUUGGACUCAGUGUAAAUUUUUGGAUGGCCAUCAUUACAAGAUUUCUUCUUGGAAGUUUAAAUGGUUUGCUUGGACCAAUAAAGGCAUAUGCAAGUGAAGUCUUUCGGGAAGAACAUCAAGCUUUAGGAAUGUCAACAGUUAGCACAGCAUGGGGUAUCGGAUUGAUCAUUGGCCCAGCUUUGGGAGGAUUCUUUGCCCAGCCAGCAGAGAAAUAUCCCACUAUAUUUUCUGCAGACUCUGUAUUUGGGAGGUUCCCAUACUUCUUACCUUGCCUUUGUAUAUCGCUUUUUGCACUUGGAGUAACCGUUGCAUGUUUCUGGCUUCCGGAAACUUUACACAAUCACAAUGAAAAUGCCAGAUUACAUGAUGAUUCCUUUGAAGCAUUGGAAACUGCAUCAUGUGGGUCAGAUGCAAAUGAAAUAGAACAAAAAACUGAAGAACAAAUACCUAAACAAAACCUCGUGAAGAAUUGGCCGUUAAUGUCAUCAAUCAUUGUUUAUUGUGUUUUCUCACUCCAUGACAUGGCUUAUACAGAGAUAUUCUCAUUAUGGACCGAGAGUCCUCGAAAGUUAGGGGGUUUGAGCUAUUCAACUGAGGAUGUGGGUGAAGUUCUUGCAAUUUCAGGUUUUGGUCUUUUUGUCUUUCAAAUUACUCUGUACCCGUAUGUGGAAAAGAUGCUGGGUCCUGUAAGAAUUGCUCGCAUUGGAGGGGUUUUGAGUAUACCUCUUUUGUCAAGCUACCCCUUUAUAGCAUUGUUAUCCGGGUUCUCCCUCUCCGUGCUGUUAAAUAUUGCAUCUCUGCUGAAAAAUGUCAUGUCUAUCACGAUCGUCACUGGCCUGUUCAUUCUCCAAAACAGAGCUGUGGACCAACAUCAAAGAGGUGCUGCCAAUGGAAUUGCUAUGACUGCAAUGUCUCUGUUCAAGGCAGUUGGUCCAGCUGGUGGUGGUGCAGUGUUUUCUUGGGCACAAAAACGCCUGGAUGCUUCCAUUCUACCUGGUAUCCAGAUGGUUUUCUUCAUCUUGAAUCUGGUGGAAUUAAUUGCAGUUCUCAUGACAUUUAAACCAUUUCUUACUGUACGUGAUGAUAGAACGGGAUGAAACCCCAUGGAAGUUCAAUCUACGUUUAGAAAACAAAAAAUGAACAUUAUUAUGGACUCAUUGAAUGCCUUAUCUGUAGUUGUAGUUGUCCCGACAUCUAUACCGAGGUUUUGGAGUUAUUUGGAAGCAAUGCUGUAUUCAUUCAAUCGGGAAAAUAAAUCUGAGGAUUUUAUGUUGUAUGUAAUUGAAAUUCCGCGUGGGAAAAUUUCUAUAGCAUUACGCAAUAUAGUCAAAGUUAUUUGGUUGCA